GCAGGGUCAUUUGCCAUGGAGGAGACUGACACAAGAAACCUCACGCUGAACGUGACUUAUGGAUCUCUGGACAUUGAGGAAUUUAUCAACGAUACUUGCUUGAUCAUUCCGUACAAACUGAUUGUCUUUGGGGGUGUCUGCCUGGGGAUUUCCCUCUGUGGGCUGGUGGGGAAUGGGAUGGUCAUGUGGUUCCUGGGCUUCCACAUGAAGCAGAGCCCUUUCACUGUCUACAUCCUAAACCUGGCUGUUGCUGACUUCUCCCUCAUCCUCAUGUAUUUCCUGAUUCUAUUAGCCUUUUUGACCUUAAAAGCAUUUUGUACUUCUUUGCUUCAUUUUGCUCCUCUCUAUGCAGAUUUUGUAUUUGUGGUUGGAUUUCUGUGCCACAUGUUUGACCUGAGCAGCCUGGGGCUGCUGACAGCCCUCAGUGUGGAGCGCUGUGUGUCCGUCCUCUUCCCCAUCUGGUACCGCUGCCACCGCCCCAGGCACCUGUCGGGCAUCGUGAGUGGGACACUCUGGGCCCUCGCUGGGGUUUUUGUCUCCUUGCUGCACUUCACAUUUACCAAAGACUCUGAGGAAGUUCUAUCAGAUGUAGCCCUGGCAUUUUCCAUGAUUUUGUCAGUCUUGAUGUUGGUUUCCAACCUGUUCCUGAUCACCAAGCUCCUCUGCGGCUCCCAGAGACAACACCCAGGGAGGCUCUCCAUUGCUGUCCUGAUCGAAAUCAUUGUCUUCUUCGCUUUCGGCAUUCCUUUCUGCCUAGAGAUUUUCCUCAAUAUUCUCAAUUCUGAUGAAAUAUUCCUGACAACCUCUUUGCUGCUGGCAUUGCUGGACUGCUGCCUGAACCCUGUCAUUUACGUCCUGGUGGGGAGCUGCCGGCGGCGCCGCUUCCAUCGCUCCGUCAAAGUUGCACUCCGACGUGCCUUUGAAGAGAAAGCAGGGAAUGAGGAGAGGAACCAUGUGUGUUGGGACACUGUGGUGGAGGUGACCUCUCUGUAAGGCACUGCUGGUGAGGUGACCUGGAGAUGUGGCACCUCACAGACAGCCAGAAGUGUGGGGGCUUGAGGGCAUGUGGCUCAGAGCC